UCCUUCCUGUUUCAGGAACACAGGCAGCAAAACCUCCGCAUAGUGAGCUGCAAUAGAUAUCUAUCAGGCCUCCAUAAUGGCAGUGUUCUUAUCCUUAGCGUUACAAAGUCGCUUACUUCACAGCUUCAAUCGCGCUAAAUGCGUGAUUGUAUUAAUUUAGCAUCCAUUAUUAUAGACAUUUUAUUUAUUGUCGCCGCACGUCUGGAUAGGCAGCAUCAGGAACACGCGCCGUUCUCCGGCAAUUGUCCCCACCAUUCUCAUGGCGGAGACUAAAAUCAUUUACCAUAUAGACGAGGAGGAAACUCCUUAUUUGGUGAAACUGUCAGUGGCUCCAGAGAAGGUAACUUUGGCAGAUUUCAAAAAUGUCCUCAGCAACCGACCGGUUAACAGCUACAAAUUCUUCUUCAAAUCUAUGGAUCAAGAUUUUGGGGUUGUCAAAGAGGAAGUCUCUGACGAUAACGCCAAACUGCCUUGUUUCAAUGGGAGAGUGGUGUCAUGGCUUGUAUUGGCUGAGAGCUCCCACACAGAUGGGAUGUCGGUGUGCACUGACAGUCAUACUGAGCUUCCCCCACCACUGGAGAGGACAGGAGGCAUCGGAGACUCCAGACCUCCCUCGUUCCAUGCUAAUGCAGUGAACAGCAGAGACGGUCUGGACACAGAAACUGGAAGUGAGUCUGUUCUCCGCCACCGCAGAGAGCGGGAACGAGAAAGGACAAGACGGAGGAGAGAUGAAUUCCCGCGUGUGAACGGUCACACAAAAGCCGAGCGGGUGGUGAGGGACUCGGCCAUGGGCUGUGACAGUGGGUCUAUGAUGAGCAGUGAGCUGGAGUCAAGCUCCUUCAUUGACAGCGAGGAGGAUGAGGAUGCUAGCAGGCUGAGCAAUUCCACAGAGCAGAGCUCUUCUUUUCAGUUAAUGAAGAGACAUAAGCGCAGGCGCCGGCGACACAAAGUGGCUAAAAUCGACAGGGUUAGAAAUUCAUCUUCCUUCAGUAGUAUCACAGAUUCAACCAUGAGCCUCAACAUCAUCACAGUUACCCUCAAUAUGGAGAAAUACAACUUUCUCGGCAUCAGUAUAGUGGGCCAAAGUAACGAUAGAGGAGAUGGUGGCAUCUACAUCGGCUCUAUCAUGAAGGGAGGAGCGGUGGCAGCAGAUGGGAGAAUAGAGCCAGGCGACAUGCUGCUGCAGGUAAAUGAUGUGAACUUUGAGAACAUGAGCAAUGACGAUGCUGUCAGGAUCCUCAGAGAGAUUGUCUCAAAGAAUGGUCCUAUCAGUCUCACUGUUGCCAAAUGCUGGGACCCUUCGCCUCGCAGUUACUUUACAAUACCCAGAGCUGAACCAGUAAGACCCAUUGACCCGGCUGCAUGGAUUUCCCACACUACUGCACUAACAGGAUCUUACCCACAAAACGAGUUUGACGAUCUCCCUCUUACAGUGGGAAAAACAGACAUGGCCACCAUUGUAAAGGUGAUGCAGGUCCCAGACUCAGGACUAGAGAUAAGGGACAGGAUGUGGCUCAAGAUUACUAUAUCUAAUGCUGUAAUAGGAGGUGAUGUAGUAGACUGGCUGUACUCACGGGUUGAAGGAUUCAAAGACCGGCGUGAUGCUAGGAAAUAUGCCAGCAGCCUGCUCAAACACGGCUAUCUGAGACACACUGUCAACAAGAUCACCUUCUCUGAACAGUGUUACUACACAUUUGGAGAUCUCUGCCAAAACAUGGCUACGCUAAACUUGAAUGAGGGAUCGAGUGGUGCCGGUUCAGAGCAGGACACAUUGGCCCCUCUCCCCCCUCCGUCUACUAACCCAUGGCCCAUGGGCGGCCAGCCCUUCCCCUAUCCACCCUUCUCCACAGCGCCCUCUGGUUUCCCACCAGGAUAUUCCGACCCCUGCCACAGUUUCCACAGUGGCAGUGCAGGAAGUCAUCACAGUGAGGGAAGUCGAAGCAGUAGUUCCAACCCUAGCGUUGGGAGGAGCCAGCGGCCCGUGCCGAGGGACAAGGACCGCAAAGCAGCAGGCAGCGGCGGCAGCGAAUCGGAUUCAGGCAACAGAGCAGGUGGGAGGCGGGUUGAGCGUUCAGCCAGCCAGUUGAGCCACCGUAGCCAUACUCUCUCAUCUCGCAGCCACACUCAUUCCCGAGUCCCUUCCCAGCACAGCCGCACGUCCUUCUCCUACAGCCACACUCCCUUCUCCAAGUACGGCCACACCUCCUGUGCACUCAGCGAACGGAGCCACGCCUCCUCUUACGGGCCCCCAGGCCUGCCUCCUCCCUACAGCCUGGCCAGAUUGACCCCUAAGGGUGCUAUCAGCAGCGGGCCCCCUGGGGCCCCACCAGUGAGGGAGAUAGGGACCGUACCACCCGAACUCACCGCUAGUCGCCAGUCCUUCCAGCAUGCCAUGGGAAACCCUUGUGAGUUUUUUGUGGACAUAAUGUAAUCUGAUGAACAAAUAAUAUAAUCAAUUCUGUAAUCUCACAUGAUGAGUGCCAUAAAUACAUGCUCACUUUCACCAACAGCACAUGUGGCCGUACUGUAGUCAAAGGUUUGUGUGAAAGAUUGAGGAUCAUUUGUUAAGAUAAUCAUGUGUUGAGCAGAGGGAAAAUACCUGCAUACACUACUAUUCUUAAGGGUCUGUAAGAUUUUGUAAUGUUUUUGAAAGAAGUCUCUUCUUCUCACCAAGGCUGCAUUUAUGUGAUCAAAAAUACAGUAAUAUUGUGAAUAAUAACUGUUUUCUUUUUUCUCUGUGAUGGCAAAGCUGAAUUUUCAGCAUCAUUACUCCAGUCUUCAGGGUCACAUGAUCCCUCAGAAAUCAUAAUAAUAUGCUGAUUUGGUGCUCAAGAAACCUUUCUUAUUAUUAUCAAUGCUGUAAACAGUUGUGCUGCUUAAUAUUUUUGUGGAAACCAUCAUAACUGUUUUCACAAUUCUUUAAUGUAUAGAAAGUUCAGCAUUGAUUUGAAACAGAAAUCUUUUGUAACAUUAUAAAUGUAUUUACUGUCAUUUUUGAUCAAUUUAAUGCAUCCUUGUUAAAUUAUAGUAUUCAUUUAAUAGUGUUCAUUUCUUUAGAAGAAAAAAAAAACUUACUGACCCCAAACUUUUGAAAGUAUCUGAAAGUAAGGCAACCCAACAAAGCACCCAAUUUUUCUGUCACCAUAAAAUAAAAAUCAAACUAAUGUUUGGUAAUGGCUAAUGUUACAUUACACAUUAGGCUCAGCACAAAAUUUAAGACCAGUAUUAACCAUUUUAGCAAUAAAAUAACACACCAGCAGGCACAUUUUUAAUCCUAGAUUAGCAAAAGGUAAAGACAAUCAGACAAUGCCCUCUGCUGGUCAGGAGCUGUUAGUCCUUUCCAAAGCUGUCCAUGAAGAGACUAGGCUACUGAUCAUCACCUUUAAGAUCCAGCAACAGUCAAACAAGUAUUUUCAUGUUGUGUUUGGUCCUUUUCAAAUGUUAUUUAAAACAAUCUUUAUAUUGUAGUUUCAUUUUUUGGUGCACAUGAUUAAUGCUUAAAGCUCUUGUGCAUUACAAGCUGUCUGGGAGGGUGGCAGAGACUGGAGGAAUUAAUCAUUUUGACACGUUUCCAAUUGUUACUAGGUUGGAAACAUGGUAGCAUGACACUGUUAUGACUCUCUUGGCUAUGAAACACUAGCUAGAAAAAUGUAUUUUCAGGAAAUAAAAAAGAUAUCAGGGUAAAUUCAAAAGCAGCACUUAUGGUGUGGAUGCACAAAACAAAUUGGCGCUUGCUGAACGUCUGAAAUUAGUAAUAUUUUCUUACAUAAGAUGUUCUUAAAUAUUGACUUUUGCCCCUGGAAUAAUGUGUCAGUUGUAUGAUGUGAUAUCUCGUGCUGGUAACCUGUUCAUCAGUGUCUCAAAGAGAACAUGUUUGCUCAAAAAGCUUGUAUAAGGUAACUAAAUGAAGGAGACCACUUAGCACAUGGACUGUGUGUACUACUGUAUGUGUAGUAUUUAACCAUUUGAGGACUGUCGCUCAAGAUAAAGACUGUCAAAUUGGCACUUUUACAAGAUCUGAUCUGCGCUUUUAUGGUGAAUCGCCAUCUUUAGAUGUGUUGUAUAAUUUUUUGUCUUAGGAAGACUGGGUAAAAACUGCUGUACAUAGUUCAUUUUUAUUGUAUAUAUGAAAAUAGAUAAUUGUAUAUAGUAUAUGUACAGAGCUUCUGGUCAUGCCUUUUUUGUAUUUAUGUAAGAUAUAAAUUGGACUCUUGUGUAUUUGUAAUUUUAAAGCAGUUUUCUAAAUCUCAUUUUGUUUGUGUUGUAUUUGUCUGACCAUCUGUAAGUGAAACUGUCUGAAAUAAACGAUUAA